AAUAGUCUAGAUUCAAGCCUUUUAUAAUAAUGGGUUACAUAGAUGAUUUUCAAGGUUUGACAUUCCUAAUUUAACAAAGCCCAGAUUGAGCAGGGGGUGGUCUAUAUUAAAUCUCCCUUUCUAAUAACUUUACACCAAAUUAUUCACUUCAAGCAAGAUAACAUCUUAAUUAGAAAUAACAAUAUAAAACUCCUUAAUUUGUACCAUUUCCCAUGUAUGAAUCAAGUACAGUAUUACUGAAAACCAUUGCAGGUGGCUGAUUAAACUCCAAAUUUUUUAUUCCCUUUUUUUUCCAAUUUGCCCAUCUGUUCUUUAACAGCUUGCACAUGGAGCACAAAGAAAUUAAGGUUGCAUGAUUAAGAUAUGGGUAAAGAAUAGAGUAGGCACUUAAUCUUACAACUGGGAAGCUGUUUGUCAAUGCCGAUGAUUUGUUUUGAGUCUUCAUAUUUUAUAGUGGGUUGACUCUUGUGAUUAGACACAUUAAAUGUUGGUAUCACCAGAAGUGAGCAUAUUUAUAGGACUUGGGUACACCAGAUUUCCUAAAUUUUUUUUCUCAUGUACACACUCUUGAUGUUUUCUUGCUAAAGUUGAGGCAAAUAAUAACUGUGUUGAAUACUUAUUUGGUAUUUUUUCAUUUCUCUCUUGGUCACAGAUCUUUGUAUGUUCCUCUUGAUUACUGUAAACUGAACUUGAAAAAUUGUUUAAAUUUUACAAACUUGCCUGUAGGAUCUAGGAGUGCGUUUUUAAAUCUCCAGGAAACCAAACAGUCUUUUAACAGUUAGGGUUUUUGGUGGUGUGGGAAUUUUUGUUUUGUCUUUUAUAAACCUCUUUCCUUUUAAUCCAGAUGUUCUAUAUAAUUAUCUGGGUUAAUAAUUUCCCCAUUUCCUCAAGAAUUCGAGUCAUGACAGGUUUUGUGUCUACCCUCAUGAGCCAGCCUGCUACUGAAACAUUGUUUGUUUAAAAAAAAAAGUACCAUCAUUAAAGGUCCUUAAAUGUUAAGCCACAGUCAGAUAUAGAGAAGUCCAUUAUUGUGUUAGUCUUCAGAACAACUUAAGCUUGUUUCAUUAAUUGAGAGUAUGAGUAUAGUUUGUAUUAAAUUAAAAUUUAUUGCUUUUCCCCCUUUUCCCUCUCCUUGUUUUUUUGGCCAUAUAUCUCCGUUGCCCAUGUACUGGAUCGACUUACCCCUGCGUUGCCCACCAUGACGUUGGCCCAUCCGCCCCUGAACGCCCAUGUGAAAACCCUGGUUGGCUAUGCCCAAAAAUGUGCUCGUUGCCAAACGGGUACCAUACUUGACAACUUCUGAUUGAAUGCCCAUGCCCAAUGCCAACAUCCACGAACGCCAAUGACCAAUGCAGUACAAUGCCAGUGUUUCAGUCCCAGACAGCAGUGGCCCCGAGCGCAUAUUGAGUAUCAGUGCUGAUAUUGAAACAAUUGGAGAAAUUCUGAAGAAAAUCAUCCCUACCUUGGAAGAGGGCCUGCAGUUGCCAUCACCCACUGCAACCAGCCAGCUCCCGCUCGAAUCUGAUGCUGUGGAAUGCUUAAAUUACCAACACUAUAAAGGAAGUGACUUUGACUGCGAGUUGAGACUGUUGAUUCAUCAGAGUCUGGCAGGAGGAAUUAUUGGGGUCAAAGGUGCUAAAAUCAAAGAACUUCGAGAGAACACUCAGACAACAAUCAAGCUUUUCCAGGAAUGUUGUCCUCAAUCCACUGACAGAGUCGUUCUUAUUGGAGGAAAACCUGAUAGGGUUGUAGAGUGCAUAAAGAUCAUCCUUGAUCUUAUAUCAGAGUCUCCCAUUAAAGGACGUGCUCAGCCUUAUGAUCCCAACUUUUACGAUGAAACCUAUGAUUAUGGUGGUUUUACAAUGAUGUUUGAUGACCGCCGUGGACGUCCUGUGGGAUUUCCCAUGCGGGGAAGAGGUGGUUUUGACAGAAUGCCUCCUGGUCGGGGUGGGCGUCCCAUGCCUCCAUCCAGAAGAGAUUAUGAUGAUAUGAGCCCUCGUCGAGGACCUCCUCCACCUCCUCCUGGACGAGGUGGCCGGGGUGGUAGCAGAGCUCGGAAUCUUCCUCUUCCUCCACCACCACCACCUAGAGGGGGAGAUCUAAUGGCCUAUGACAGAAGAGGAAGACCUGGAGACCGUUAUGAUGGCAUGGUUGGUUUCAGUGCUGAUGAAACCUGGGACUCUGCAAUAGAUACAUGGAGCCCAUCAGAGUGGCAGAUGGCUUAUGAACCACAGGUUGAGUAUCAUGGGUAUUAUUCCUAUGCAGGGGGUCGUGGCUCAUAUGGUGAUCUUGGUGGACCUAUUAUUACUACACAAGUAACUAUUCCCAAAGAUCUGGCUGGAUCUAUUAUUGGCAAAGGUGGUCAGCGGAUUAAACAAAUCCGUCAUGAGUCAGGAGCGUCGAUCAAAAUUGAUGAGCCUUUAGAAGGGUCCGAAGACCGGAUCAUUACCAUUACAGGAACACAGGACCAGAUACAAAAUGCACAGUACUUGCUGCAGAACAGUGUGAAGCAGUAUGCAGAUGUUGAAGGAUUCUAAUGCAAGAUAUUUUUUCUUUUUUAUAGUGUGAAGCAGUAUUCUGGAAAGUUUUUCUAAGACUAGUGAAGAACUGAAGGAGUCCUGCAUCUUUUUUUUUUUAUCUGCUUCUGUUUAAAAAGCCAACAUUCCUCUGCUUCAUAGGUGUUCUGCAUUUGAGGUGUAGUGAAAUCUUUGCUGUUCACCAGAUGUAAUGUUUUAGUUCCUUACAAACAGGGGUGGGGGGUGGGGGAGGGUGUGCAAAAACUAACAUUGAAAUUUUGAAACAGCAGCAGAGUGAGUGAAUUUUAAUUUUUGUUCAUUGUUGGUGGUUUAAAAAAAAUCCCCCCAUGUAAUUAUUGUGAACACUUUACUUUGUGAUCACUGUAACAUUUGGGGGGGGUGGGACAGGGAGGGAAAGUAACAAUAGUCCAUAUGUCCCUGGCAUCUAUUCAGAGCAGUGUGCAGAAUGUAAUGCUCUUUUGUAAGAAACGUUUUAUGAUUUUUAAAAUAAAUUUAGUGAACCUAUUUUUGGUGGUCAUUUUUUUUUAAGACGGUCAUUUUUCAAAUGGCUGAAUUCCCCCCAACCUGCCCCUAAACUAAACACUAAGUUUAAUUUUCAGUCCUCUGUUGGAUAUAAAUAAAUGCAUCUCUUCUUGGACUUAGACAAAGUAUCUUGACACAUUAAGUUCUGGUGAUUUCUUAAGUGAUUUGAAAGUCCAUUGCUUGGGAGGAAAUUCCACCACACAUUCAUGCUUAUAAUAAGCUGGGGAUUUUUGUUUGUUUUUGCAAAUGCUUGCCCCUACUUUGCAACGAUUUUCUGUUUGUAAUUGUGAAGAACCAAGGUGGGGAGCAAUACAACAGAUAUGGAGUAGUUGGUAUAAGUAUAUACCAGAAGCCUAAUGGCAGCAAGUUUUAUUAAUCAGAAUAAUACUUGGUUAUGGAAGUGACUGAUGCUAAAUAAAUUCUGAUUAUUUUUUAUUAGAUAAUUUCUCACCUAUAGACUUAAAUUGUCAGCUUGGUAGUGUCUAUUAGUUAAACUUUGUAAAAUAUAUAUAUAUAUUCUUGUUUUUCCAUUGUAUGCAAACUGAAAGAAAAAGAUGUACCAUUUCUCUGUUGUAUGUUGGAUUAUGUAGGAAAUGUUUGUGAACAAUUCAAAAAAAGAUGAAAAAAGUUCCUGUGGAUGUUUUGUGUAGUAUCUUGGCAUUUGUAUUGAUAGUUAAAAGUUCACUUCCAAAAUAAAACUCCCAAAAUGCUAGAUUUGAUGUGUGCCCAAUUCGAACAAAGGUUGAUUGACACCUGUAAAAUUUGUUAAAACAUUCCUCUUGUAAGGAAAUACAGUAAUCUUAAAUUAUAUAUUUUUCGUGUGAAGUGUUUUUCUAGCAUUUAUAAAUCAGAUAUGAUAGGGGUGGUAAGUUAAAAAUUACAGUAGUUGGGCUCUUAGUUUUAAAGGGGAGUCCAGCAUAAUGAGAGCUGAGUCAUUCCAGUUCUACAAGUCCUAUUCUCACAUUACCUGUGAGCUGCUUUGAGUUUCUUAGGUUUAACUUUAAAAUAGUUCCAGUUUGUUGAGAGUGUUUACAGAUGAAUGUAAAAUUUUUUUUUCUGGUUCUUGGCUCCGUAAAUCCUUAAAAUGCUACCUGUUAACUUCCAACUGCCCAGAAAGCCUGAGAACUCAGCAAUUACAUGGAAAAGAACUCAUGGAUGCAAUUCUGUUUGUCUAGAAGAGGCUUGUGUAUGAUAGAAGAAAGUGAAGUGAGCAGAAUUUUCUGGACUAUGUAUGACUAGUACAUGCAAAGGUGUUUAAAAUUUCAGUGAUAACCCUUUUUAGGGAGGGAGAUGGGGUGUUCUCUUGAUAAGUGACAGUGAUAUCACAACAUCACUUAAAAUGCUACCUGUGAUAAGGUUUCCCCAAAGGUGAAAUUAGUCUGAAUUGCCACUUGGGUGUUAGUUUCCCUCUUGUGUUUGUUUUAAGUAUGGGUAAGUUUGGGUUGCAUAGGGUCAGUAUAGUGUACUUACGCUGAAAUGUGCCCCUCCCCUAGAGAAAAACUAUUCGGUAAUGACAUUUUAGUCAAAUUGUUACUUAUAUUGGAGGAAAGUAUCCCUGGAGAGAGCACUGGCUUUCAAAGUUUUCGUUUGUCAUUCAAAAAUUAGUUGUGUAGGGACUUCCCUGGGGGUCCAGUGGUUAAACUCCCCCUUCCAAUGCAGGAGGUGCGGGUUGGGGAGCUGGGAUCCCACGUGCCCUGCAGCCAAAGAACCAGAAAGCAAAAGCAUGGUAACAAGUUUAAUAAUAAAGACUUUAAAAUGUUCUACAUGAAAAAAAAAUCUUUAAAAAGUUAUGUAAAUAGACUUGGCUGAAAGUUUUUAUUUUUGCCUUUUAAAAAUCAGACCUUGAACACAACCUACUAAAAAAGAAUCUGUGACGUUGGUAAAUUGGGGACACAACUUUGGAGGGAGGGGCCUGUUUCAUUUCCAGUUACCUGGUAAAUGGUGUCUGAACAUGGGCUGGCAAUUUGAGAAAAUUCUCUGAAGUAAGCUUAAAAUUCACUGAACAAACGGAAUUUUGAGCCUAUUUUGUAAGAAAUAAAUAUUAGGCAGAUUUAUUGACGUUUUAAACGUUUAAAUGUAGUUUCAAAAAUGUUUUUAGCCUAACUUUUUGAAAAUCAAGUGAUAGGCAAACAAUGUUGGAAACCAGAUUGCACCAAAGUUUUUUCAGGAUCAAGGAAAGGAAUUUAAAUCUUUUCCCUACUAUUCAAAUGUUAGUAGUUUGCAUAAUGAAACUGAUAAUAAAGUACAUGAAUUUUA